AUGUCACUAGCAAGUGCAUCUAGAAAAAUAGAUUCUGAUGGUGAAGGUCAUCGACCUGAUUUUAUGCUCACUAUUGAUCUUAAUGGAUAUAACAAAUUUGAAAUCUUGUUUGGUCUUUUCAAAUCACCUAGCAAAGGCAAUUCACAAUUGGUAAAUGUUGACUUGGUUGAUUUGGGAGUUCUCAUGAAAGACUCACUUGAUGAUAUCUAUGGCAAAGGAGUUGAAUUGGAAAUGGUUGUCUUUGGAAUUCACUCAUUUGGUUAUAAUAUUAGAAUUUAUGCAAUGGAUCUGUCAUAUGAUGGUGUGUACAGGAUGUUUUUAUUGGGUGAAUUUGAAUUGCCAAGGAGCAAUCUUAGUCUUUGUUUGGUAGAAGUCAUCUUAUAUGAAAUUGUAAAUUUAAAGAAGAAUUUAUUGAGAGGCUUUCACCCUAUGUAUCCAACCAUCACUAAUAAUAAUGAGAAAACUCCAUCAAAAAAGAUUAUGAUGAUGAGAAAGACAUUAGCAACUCCUCAAAAGGUUAAUGUUAAUAAUAUAAAAUAA